GACAAAAAAUGGAACACACCAGCAGUGUGAGGAGACCUGAAAGUGGCACAUGGCAUGGCAGAGUGUGGCGAUGGAGACAGCAGCAAUGGGAGGCCGUACAGGGACCCAUGAGAGACUCUGGACCUGGCAGCAGCAUGAGGAGGCGGUACAGGGGCCCAUGGCAGAUUAGGGGCCUGGCAGCAGCUAUGGGAGGCCCGUAAUCUGCCAGCACCCUAUGACAAAAAAUUGAACACACCAGCAGUGUGAGGAGACCUGAAAGUGGCACAUGGGCAUGAGAGACUGUGGACCUGCAGCAGCAUGAGGAGGCGGUACAGGGGGCCCAUGGCAGAUUACGGGCCUGGCAGCAGCUAUG